AACUCUUCCUUUUUUCCCUCUUCCCUUCCUUCCUCCAUAUAAAAACUCAUCCCUUCUUCUUCUCUUCUCUCUUCCAUUUCCUUCAUGACCUUCUACUUCUUCUUCUUCUUCUUCUUCAUAGAAUUUACAUGGCUACAUGUGAAGAGCUAAGACAAUUCUUUGACACACCAUUACAAGACAUCAAGACACCUUCUAUCUUUGACUCCUUAUCUUCAUGGAACCAGCUAAAAAACAUUAACAACCCUAUUGAAUCCUCCUUCACUGAGAUCUUUGGUGAGCUCCACUUCCAUGAAAAGACAGAAACUCCACUGUCCCCUGACUUGAAGAAACAUCCCUUAGACCCUCCUCCUGGUGUUCCAAAGAACCAACAAAACUUUGAUUCUUUACAACUUUGCACUGAAGGACUUGGUUUUGAGAGUUUAGCUGAUGUUGAAGAAGAAGACUUCAUGAAUGAUGAUAAUGAUUCUAGUGAGUAUUUGAGUGGUGGUUGUAGAUUAAAGGAAAGCCGGCCGGUGACCGAUUAUUCGAGAAGCUUAUCGGGGAAAGCCGGCAAAGGUUCUCGGAGUUUUCCGCCGCCUAUAUCAACUUUAGGAAGGAGUGGGAAGCCAUUGGUGUACUUCAAGUCUUAUAGAGAUGAUGGUAGGUUUAUUCUUAGAGAGGUUAGAAUUCCUACACAUGAGUUCUUGCAUGCUUCUAGACAAGAUGGAAGACUUAAGUUGCAGUUUGUUGUUCAUCCAAAUGAGAACAAUAUUGUUGUUAAUGGAGGUGCAACAAGAGGGGGAGAAGAAGAAGAAGAUGAUGAUGAUGAUGAACAUGAAGAGAUGAAGAUAAUUUGAAGGAAGAGGGAGUAAUUGAAGAUGCCAUUGAAGUCUCUUUCUCAUGAAAGGUGAGAGUGCAAGCGAAGUUUUACUUGGAUAGAGGUACUCAAACGUAUGAAUACAAAUAUUCAAAAUAUUUUGACUUUUUAAAUAAAGUAAU